AGUCAUGUACUGGACAAAAGUCACGCUAUAGAGUGUCGUGUUGCGUAGUAGAGUGUCGAGGUGCAAUAUAGAUCCCAAGGUCGCGAGGCGUAGUAUAGGUGGACGCGAGGCGAAAUAGAGAGUCGCGAGGCGUAAUAGUGAGACGCGUAUGUAAUAAUAGAGAGAUGCGAGGCGUAAUAGAAGGACGCGAUGCGUAACAGAAGGACGCGUUGCGUGAUGGAAAGACGCGCAAACAAGGGCGACGCGGCGUGUAGGAAGAGGGGACGCGUACUUUCGCGCCAUUUGCCUUGGUUACCCGUGAAUAAAUUUCGAAUUUUUUCAAUUGACUGGCAAAUUAAUCAAGACAAAACACGAAAGAAAAAGUAAGUUUUUGUAGCAGCUGGGCUGACCGUUCUCUCUGAUUUUUUCUCUCCUGUUUUUUUAAUUUCUGCUGUAUUAUAGUUAUAUUCUGAUAAAUUGUGAGAAGUUGCUAAUUCAUAAGUAUGUGUAGUAGUGAAGGGAAGCAAUGUAGGGCAACGACGACAUUUGUCAACACAGGUAUAGCUGGCACCCCCCCCCCUCCUCAUAUAUAUUUUCUCAUUAAAAUUUGUAAUGGGCUAGCUAUACUAUUGCUAUAAAUAAUGGAUUAUAUUAUUUGCCCUAGCAACUUUUACUUCCUUUUUUCCUUCCCUUGUAUACACCACCAAUCAACCCCCCUCCCCCUGCAACGAGGAGGGUGCCGAUAAGCCGAAAAAUGUUAUUACACUGCUUGCAUGCUAUUCUGUUAUAAGCAAUGUGCUGUUUUUGUAUUAAUAUUGUGUUUUGUAUCACCAUGUGAUUACAAUGUUUUGAUAGGUAAACAGGGCAGCUUAUAAAACAGAACGUAGGACUACGACUGGUAGUUAAAUGGAACUGUGCGGUGCAUAUGCAUGUGUACAACAACACUGUCAACAGGUGUAUUGUAAUGAUGGCAAAUUUCUCAAGUUUUGGUUUUCUUCAAGUGACACUGCACCCAUUUUCAAGAAUUUUAAAUAAUGCAGCAAAUAUGUACAAUGUUCUUAUUCGAUUUUCCUUUAAGGAUAUUCUUAAGACAUUUUUAAAUUUUUGUCUUACUAUCGUGAAUAUUUAUCGGCAUGGUUGUAAUUUUCAAAACUUUCAAGCUAAAUUGUAUGUGAUGUUUUAGGAAUUAAAAAUUGAUUCAGCAUGCAGAAAGUGAAAGACGCUAUAGACAGACUGAAUAAUGCAUUGGAUGGUCUGUCAUCAUCAACAACAAGUACUCAAAAUAAUCCAAAUCAGAACAUCUUCCAGAGUCCAAACUCACAUCCAAGUCCAAACUUACAUCCAAGUCCACAACAUCAGAGAAUUCUACAAGAUUUCAAUAAGCAAUUUCCAGCGUUGAAUGCUGGUGGUAGCCGAUAUCGCCCACAAGCAAAGAAACCACGUCUCUCUAAUAACUUCAUUAAGGACACAUGGACCCAUAAAUUCUGUGCACUGAGCUACAAAGAUACAUCAGUUUCACCUAAUACACGUGAAUUAAUGGAGCUAAACCAAGUUGGUCUCGGAAUUGAAAAAGUUGUUUUUCCUUCCAAAACUGGAACACAUGCUAUGCUUCUGGAAGAGUUAACAAAAGCUUAUCCAAAAUUAUCAUCACAGAGUGGUGGCAUUGAACUUCUGAGGGCUGAGAGUGGUGGAAUAAACCGACCAUUGGUGUUGAUACCACCAAGAAAAGAUGGUUAUUCUAUCAGCUAUUUAAAAAAUUUAGUACCCGGUCACGCUGUAAUAUACAUCAGACCAGUGCAGAGCGACUUACCAAUGGAGGAACCAACUAUGGAUUCAGGUAUUGAAGUUAACUGUGUACGAUGUAAUCAGAAAUAUCCGUUAAAUGAUUUAAGAUUCCAUCAAGCUUAUUGUCAACUUGAUGAUGACAUUUUUCCAGAGAUGAUAGACGAUGAAGCUGGGCCAUCGAAUGAAAAAGAAGUAGGAAGUACUUCUCCCCAUAUCGAUACUUUGUCGGCAAUGUUUCCUCGAAUCUCUAAAGCCACAAUUCAGGACAUUUUACGGAAUACCAAAUCUAUCGAUGUGGCAGCCAAUAUUUUGAGUGAGAAAAGUGCAAGUGAAAAUAUGUCUGACAUGCUGCAAAUUAAAUGUGUAGAUAAGGACAUGUCUUUAAAAGAAAUUCUCAAUCAAAUUACAUCUCUUGCUUCAGAAAAUGAUACAAUCACUUUGGAAAUUGAACGUGACAAUCUUUGGAUGGAAUCCUUGAGAUUUUACAAAAGGAACCUUGUGAAUUCUCAAGUUAUGACCAAAAAAUUGAUCAUUGAGUUUAAAGGAGAGGACGGCCUUGAUGGUGGGGCAAUGAAAACCGAAUAUUUCAACCUUUUGUUAGAAGAAGUUAAAAAUCGUCUAUUUGAAGGUGAAAAUAACAGUUUGUUGCCUGUGAAAGACAUCACAAAAGCUGUGCUUUUCAAAGUUGCUGGUAUGAUUAUCGUACAUUCAUUGAUUGCUGGUGUUGACACCGGCUUCCCAGUAUUAGCAAAACCAUACUUUUUACACAUGUGUGGUAGAGAUACCGACAGUUUGAUUGAAAGUUUGAAUAAAAGCCACAUACCAGCAAAUGCAACAACUGAAAAUUUGAUUGAAUUGAUUGAAUCACUUGAUCAAUGUAAAACAAAGGACGAUAUAGACAAACUGCUUUACAAGGACAAUCAGAAGCAAGAUGUGUUUUGGUCACUUAUUAAUUCUGCGCAUUGGCCUGCCGACAAGAAUAUUAACAAAGAAAAUGUCCCAUUACUGGUUCAACAACUCAUUUUGAAUGAUGUGAUAUUGUCACGCCGAAACUCUUCAGACAUGUUAUUCGAAGGUUUGAGCUCGUGCAAUUUCUUGAAUACGAUUCGGUGUCAUUGGAAAGUUAUGGAUCAAAUAUUUUGUGCUGGUUAUCGCAUGAUUGAGAGUAAAGAAUUUAUCAAAUGUUUUAGUUUUGACGAACCAACUUCCUUCGUGGAGACACAGGCAAAGAAAUUUUUUCUGUCGUUUAUUGAAAAAAGUGACAGUAUGACAUUGAGUAAAGUACUUGCCUUCUGUACUAGUCAUACAGUUGUUCCACUGGAUGGUAUGAAAAAUGAAAUCAGAGUGAAAUACAUGUCGGAUGAUGAAAAAAACAGUAUGUGCAAAUCCUCUGCAUGUUUAAAAAUAAUCUACCUACCUACAGUUCAUUCUGUAGAAAAGGCGUUUCACAAUAUGUUGGCAACAGCUUUAGCAUGUGAAUCAAAGGGAUUCGCAAAUCCAUGAUAAUUGUAAAUUUUUAGGGGCACUAACGAGUUUAUUUUUUUCCUUCAAGGUGAUCGAUUUUUAGCUUAUGUUGUCAUUGUUCUUAUUAUGUUGUCAUUGAGAAAAAAUGCCGAUUUUUUUUCUUUUUCUUCCAAAAUAUGCCUCACUUCUAUAAAACUGAUUUUUUUUCUGGUGGGGGGGAAUAUAAAAAUCCUGUCAGUCCUAUGCAAGAAUUCUUCCAGUGAUAUACAUACUUUUAAUGAUCAGAUUGAUUAUGAUUAGUCUCGAAUUUAUGACUGACUUGUACGCUCCUUGAAGUCUAUAUAUACUGCACAUGCAUUUAUAAGUUCGUCUUUUUGUUGUUCUAUUUUGUUUGUUUUCUAACUUUUAUAUGGAAAAGAUGUAUGGUUAUAGUCGUGAUCAAGUUACGCAUUGCAUUAUCAUUCAGCUGUGCUAACCAAGAAGAUAUUUUUCUUUUCUUUUUAUUUCACAAGGGUUAUGUUUGUUAUUUUGUUCUUUAUGUGAAAAAAUGUUCUACUUAUAUACGGUCGACUCACUCAGAGAAAGUUAUUUAAAAACAGAACUGUUAUCGUUAAGUAACUUUUAAACAUAUUUCGAACAUUUUGGAGGGAAUUUCGUCUGGCAUUUUUAGGAUUUAUUGUAUGAUUAAACAAACAAGUGGUUUUGUUGACAUUUCGUGUACUUAUGCAGUACUUUUAUUUUUCAGAAUAUAACAUGAAUAUACAACAAUUGA